ACAGUAUUAGAUAAGUGGAUUUUAUAUUACAAACAUACAAUUAACAUAUGCACCCCUCUAGCACAAUGACUUCUAGAAACAGAAAUAUGUAAACAAAACGAAAGCUCUCUUACAUCAAUUUGCAUUUGUUUAGUUAGAAUUACGGGAACAAUACUGUCCCCAUACUAGGAAUGUAAAUUCAUCGUUAGCUUCAGCUUGUAGUCGUAUUAAAAGAUGAGACAGCGUAAGUUGAAGUUAAACCGGUGUUACAAUUCAGUGUCUGGACGCGGGGGUGAGCCACUAACUGGAUCGGCCCCCCCUCGGGUCUUCCGCGCGAGCUAGCGCCCAAUUUGGCGGCUUGCUCGGGCCUGCACGUUUUUGCACGCAUCCCCUUAAUAUGGACCUUCCGACAAACUCGCAACUGCCGACUAUAAAACAUGCCCCGGCACGCCGUGUAACUUGAUUGCGAUGAAAAAAACUUCACCAAUAAAAGCGCCAGUUCGAUUCUCGAAAUCGUUUCCAAAGCAUGGGAAAGGUUAAUGAUCCACAACUUUCUGUUCAGUUGUCCUUUCAGUACCGUUAAUUAAAUUUGCAUGCAAAGUGGGAUUUUCUCCAGUUCCCGAUCAUUAUACUUGUUUCCGUGCCAACAAAACUAACGGUUUCAUUAUUCUGAAUUGUAACAAAACACAUUUGAAAUACAAUUUUAUUCGACACGUGCAACGAAAUCGAAAUGAGGAGUAAAUUAAGGUGCAUAGAAGCUUUUACGAAAUUAUACAUUCAAAAGAAAAAUACAAAUAGCUAACAACAUACUGAAGGAGAAUUCCGUAAUGCUGACGUCGGCCGGUGUCCCGCGGCUCGCGCACGCCGCCGUGUCUGCGGAGCCGCGCCGACUGGAUACACUGCUCGGUGGACUCAGUGGCGCUCCGCCUGCCGACCAGACGGCACGUCCCUACGCUGUGCGCGCGCGAACCUAACGAAUUCAAACACGAUCGCAACGUACACAACUACGACGAACGCUUAACAACAUUCAAAUAUUUUUAGAGUAUCUUUAAUUUUCGUAAUGUUUUCGCUCUUGUGUUAUUCCCUUUAUUUGUAUUGCGUAAGUCAAAGAUACUAAACUAAAUUUGAUUGAAGAAAAAGAUAGGUUACCGCAAAAAGCUCCUAACUCGAAGACAUCUAUUUGUGAGUAUAAUGUAUCAUCUGAACAUAGAUCGGGUUAGCCAUUAACGUUGAAAAUGUCGAAGACUAUACCGCUGACAUUCCAUUUCAUAAAUAUAUGCAAUUCAUGAAAAAACACAUUGAGAAAAAAUGAUUUUGAAGAUGGGUGUAAAGCUGCCUGCGGGCGUAAAGACGACCGCGGAAAAAGACUCAAAGAAGGAAGAGAAGAAAGAGACAAAAAAGAAAUGGGAAAAAUGUGAGGAGCGGUGUCCGACGGACCCGUGGGCAUAUUGUGUGGUGUUAUGGUGUGCGUGUGCCAUGAGCCUGAUCUCGAGCGGCUACAGUCUGUACAAGCAGCAGGGCCUGACGGACAGGCUGGCGCUGCUGGAGGAGCAGCACCUGGCGCUGCGCAGCGCCGUGCUGGAGCCGCAGCAGCCGCUGGUGGAGAGGCUGCGGCGCGAGGUGCUGGCGCGCCCGCCGCCCGCCGCCUGGAGGCCGCGCCGGAGCAUUCGCGACUACGCCGACUGCGGCUGCCCGCCAGGUCCUCCAGGGCCGCCAGGCAAACGCGGCAAGAAGGGCAAGAAGGGCGACUCCGGCGAGCCAGGACCUCCGGGUUUGACAGGAGCCCCUGGGAAGAACGGAUUCCCGGGUAGCAAGGGCGAGAAGGGCGAGCGAGGCUUUAUGGGACCUAUCGGCUUGGACGGACCGAAAGGAGACCCGGGCCGGCCCGGCGACAAGGGCCAGAAGGGCGAGCACGGCAGUCCUGGCUUCGACGUGUUCUCCGCCGUCAAGGGCGUGAAAAGAUCCGUGGACAGUUUUAAGAUAAGUCCGUACACGAGCGCCGAGAUCAUAGCCGUCAAGGGGCUGCAGGCCGCCGGACACAACAUCUCCGCGCACUCCGUCAUACAGCUCAAGGGUGAACCUGGUGAGCCAGGGCCUCCAGGCACUCCAGGGCCACAGGGUGCUGAAGGCCUGCCAGGCCACGAGGGCCGCGCAGGUCCACCAGGUCCUUCGGGGCCGCCAGGACCAGUCGGUCCUGUAGGGCCACCUGGCCUCGUGGGACCUCCCGGAUCACUCGGGCCCGCUGGACUUAAGGGUGAUAAGGGUGACAAGGGUGAGCGCGGCUUCACGACGACGCUGAAAGGCGACGCCUUCCCCACCGGCAUCAUCGAGGGCCCCCCCGGCCCGCCCGGCCCCCCUGGUCGCGGCGGCGAGGCGGGCCCGCGCGGCGCCCCCGGCGUGGACGGCGCGCCCGGCCUGCCCGGCGUGCAGGGCCCGCCCGGGAAGCCGGGUGAAAUGGGCCCUAAAGGCACAAAAGGCGAAUACGGUGACAUGGGCUCUCCCGGCAUGCUGGGCGCACCGGGGCUGCCCGGCCCGCCCGGCUAUCCCGGCCUCAAGGGAGAGAAGGGGGACAAGGGCGACUCGAAGUACCGCAAGCUGAGGCGGCGCCAGAACUUACAGGGGGACGGUACCGGCUACGAGCUGUAUGGACAUGAAAUUGUAAGUAUGUCAUGAAAGAUACAAACGAAUGCAUUCUGUUUGUGGAAAAUUAUGUUCGUUUUCGAGUCCACCACAUUGUUAGCAAGGCACCGGUAGCGCGGGGAGCGACCACUGCUAAUGUUUUCUUUUUAGAUUUGAAGUCGUAAACGAUUGGCGAUUUGAUUAAGUACUCAAAAUGCUUUAAAAAAUGUAAAAUAUAAGUUUAGUAAGAUUAUUAAUAUAGCUAUUAAUUGCAUAAAAUCGUUAGUUACCUUGAAAUGACGUUGGACCUGACGCCAAUAUCGGCGUUCCUUGACACAUAAAUAUGAUUAUUUCAUUUUCAAACAAGGCGGUACAAAAUAGAUGUCUGAAUCUAAUUCAAUGAGGUGUGAAAAAUUUAAUUAAAAAAUGUAUGAGUUACAUAAAGAAAUGUACCCAAAGCGCUGGGUGUGCGUGGGUAUAUAGUACUCGCCGACGGCAACGCUUUAGCGUAUACCCAGCUCACAUAUUUUAAGAAAAAUGGCUAGUUUCUAAUGUUAAGUAUAAGAUUCUUUAAUAAUUAAACGAAACCCAGUGGAUGUCACAGCUGAAAGCUUCAGUUCAUUCAUAUUGCAUUAGAUUACUAAUGUAUUCUCACCUGGGCCCCAAUUCAGCUAUUACAAUGGCCGAUGAAUA